AUGUUUCUCGUAUACAUAAUGGGACAUGUAAUUAAGAGACGCCUGAGAGCCGGUGAGCGCGUUGAUCGUUGGUUGGUUGAAGAUAAGCUCGGAGAGGGUGGUUUUGGAUCUGUUUAUAAAGUGUUAAAAAUGGAAGUAUACGUGCUGAAAAUGGCCGAAAAGAAUAAAAGUAAACAUUUUUGCAAAUGCGAAGAUUCGGGAAUGUUCAAAACAAUGCUUUAUAUCGUUAUGACUAUGGUUGGACCGUGUCUUCAGAUUCAGCAGUUCGGUAAUAUGCAUCUAUUAAAGGAUCUUCGCAAAGAAUUACCCGGACAAAAGUUGACAAUCGGUUGUGCGCUGUCAGUUGGUACUCAGUGCUUAGAAGCUAUCGAAGAAUUACAUGCGAUUGGAUUUUUACAUAGAGAUAUUAAACCAAGCAAUUAUGCGAUUGGUCGUGAGGAGCUGCACGAAUUGCGACGAAUAUAUAUCUUAGAUUUUGGAAUGUGUCGUAAAUAUCUCGAUGAAAACAAUAAACUUCGACCUCCACGAAAGGUGAGUUCAUCAUUCGUUCCGUUUCGGUGA